AUUUGAUCAACUCCGCCGUCGUCAUGUCUCUCCGUAAAACCCUAACCGCCGUGAAUCAACCUUCGUUGUCGCCGGGUUCUUCAAUUGUCGCCGUUAAACUGGCGGAUUCAGAGGCCUCUGGUUCUUCUUCUAGAAUCACGUUUCGACCUCGUAAAAUCCGGAAAGUUUCGUCAGAUCCGUCGCCGAGAAUCAUCAUCACCGCGUCUCCUCCUUUAUCAACCAAAUCGACGGUUGAUCUCGCUCUCCGUCACUUACAAAGCUCCGACGAACUCCUCGGAGCCAUAAUCACAUCGCACAACGAUCCUCCAGUGUUCGAAUCAAGCAAUCCUCCGUUUCUCUCCCUAGCGAGAUCAAUCCUCUACCAACAACUCGCGACAAAAGCAGCGAAAUGUAUCUACGAUCGAUUCAUCUCUUUAUUCAACGGCGGAGAAUCAGGUGUUGUUCCUGAAUCUGUGAUCUCUCUCUCCGCCGUUGAUCUUCGUAAGAUAGGUGUCUCCGGGAGAAAAGCGAGUUACCUUCACGAUUUAGCUGAGAAAUAUAACAACGGUGUGCUUUCCGAUGAAUUGAUUAUGAAAAUGAGUGAUGAAGAGUUGAUUGAGAGAUUAACAUUGGUUAAAGGAAUUGGAGUGUGGACUGUUCAUAUGUUCAUGAUCUUCUCUUUGCAUAGACCUGAUGUGUUACCUGUGGGAGAUUUAGGUGUGAGGAAUGGUGUGAAAGAUCUUUAUGGUUUGAAAGAUCUUCCAGGUCCAUUGCAAAUGGAGCAGCUUUGUGAGAAAUGGCGUCCUUAUAGGUCCGUUGGUUCAUGGUACAUGUGGAGACUAAUCGAGGCUCGUAAGACCAAAUAGCACCUAACUGUAAUGAUUACUCAAGACCCUGUUGUUCUUGGUCGGACAGCUAAUCUGAUCCUGUGACGACGAAGAAGCUAUUACAUGCCAAUCACUUCUCUUCCAAGUUUCACUUGCUGGUAAUCUGAGUUGUUGUUUUUUGCUGUCUUUGUAAAUUAGAGCAGGUAAGAGAAACCCAUUUUGCAUUUUAACCGUAUUCCACGGAUAUUCUGUAUUCCUGUGAUUGUUGUAAAAUGUAAACAUGGCUUAUUUUUCCUAAAUAUUUAAUUAUUUAUAUCCGCCAUGUA